CUCUUCAUUCAUUCUGGCCCUUCACGUUCUGUUCUUACAGGCACAUACUUGACCCAUUAGCGUAAAGUAUACUCUAAUCAAAGCUUACAUUUAAGCAAUUUGGCGAGACAGGCAUAAAAGGAUGUGAUUCUCUCUUGCUUUCUCCCUCUUCCUCACUCUUAACGCAGAUAUCAUACUCGCUCUUUAAAACAAUCUUUUUCCCUCCAAAGUUUGCCAUGAAGAUCCUCAUUAUUUUCGCAUCUUUUCUCAUUGUUGCUGCCAUCACCACCGCUCAUGCACUAGACUCGGACUGCUCUACUGGUCCUGUAGAUCUGAAGGUUGAUUCUUAUACAUUGUCCCCUAAUCCCUUCUGCAUCGGCAAGAAAGCCUGUGCUACUGUUACUGGCAAGUUGAAGGCCCCUGUCACUCAAGGUGCUAAGCUCAAGUUCGAGGGUAAGUUCGCCGGCCAAGUCGUUUACUCUAAGACCCUUGAUCUUUGUAUACUCUUGGCCCAGCAAGGAUACCCUUGUCCAGUCCCUACUACCUUGACCUCCCUCACUCUGUGCAUGCCAAUCGAGGGCAAUGUAAUUGCUGAUACUCCCGUUGAACUCGAGAUCGUCACCAUUAAUGGCAACGGUAACACAAUCUUUUGCCGGAGCGCCACCGUUACCGCCAAACACUGCUAAAGGGAAUGGACGGAUAGGGCAUGUCGACGUGCCAAUAUUUCAGCUUAAUAGAUCGACUCAAGUGAAAUAAAAAAUCCAUGCGGAGAAGACGUUCUUCUCUUCUGCUACAACAG